AGCAUGUUUUGUAGUAGGAUAGAGUAUAAAAUCUCAGGCUGCACCAGCUACUAGUUGCUUACAGAGGUUCUCUGACUGCUUAUACAAUGGCCUCUUCCUCUCUGCUUCUUAUUUGUUUGGCUGGAGUGGUAUAUCUUGCAGAAUGUGCACCACUGGUUUCCCAUGGCUCCAUCGACUCUAAGUGCCCUCUAAUGGUGAAAGUCUUGGAUGCAGUUAGAGGAAGCCCAGCCACCAGCAUAGUAGUAAGAGUGUUCAAGAAAGCAGAAGAUGGUAGCUGGAAUGAGUAUGCUAAUGGAAAAACCAAUGAAUUUGGGGAAAUUCAUGAGCUUACAACAGAGGAACAAUUUGUAGAAGGUUUGUACAAGGUGCAGUUUGAUACAAGCUCUUACUGGAAGGCACUUGGUAUUUCUCCAUUCCACGAAUUUGCUGAUGUGGUUUUUGUUGCUAAUGAUUCUGGACACCGUCAUUACACCAUUGCUGCUCUUCUCAGUCCCUUUUCUUAUUCAACCACAGCUGUUGUCAGUGAUCCAAAGGAAUGAAACCCCACAAUAGUCUUAUAAAGUUUCUCCAUUGUUCUUUCUUGUAGGAUUAUUUUAAAAGGAUUCUGUUAACCUGAAUAAUCAACGUCUUGUUUACUAAAGUAGCAUCUCACUGAUAUUUUGGUUUAAAAUUUUUUUUUGAAAUGCAUCAAUAAAUAUUACUUCUCUAAACUGUUUUAGAGUGUAAGGGUAUGCACACAUACGUGAUAUUCAGCAUCAAACAGCCCACCUGAUGGCCUACCACCUUUAUGACCUGGGAUUGCAGGAGUUACCAUCAAAUUAAAGUUUGGUAUAUCAAAAUUAUUGGCCAUCCAAGUCUCUUGAAGAAAAAGAAUAUCAAAGUGACUGAGGAAACAAAAUUUGCAUCAGAAGUUUUGGAAACCCAGCCUGUGGUAUUCCAAGAAAAUAAAGUGACUAGAUGUCAA